AUGGGAGAUGACAAAGGUAGUGUAAUAAUUUGAUUUGAACAUAAUUUAUGUACCUAUACAUUAAUUUUUUAAUUUUUUUAGAAAAAGAACGUGACAGGGACCGAGGAGAUCGAGGUAAAAGACAACGUCAGUCACGGUCCAAGGAUCGCGAUCAUAACCGUCAUCGUUAUAGUUCUAGAAGUCAUGAAGGACACAAACAUAGUCGGUCAAAGUCACCCAAAGAUAAAUCUAGGCGCAGAAAACCAUCAAUCUAUUGGGAUGUUGCUCCACCAGGAUAUGAACACAUUGCACCACUUCAAUAUAAAGCCAUGCAAGGUAUAUUGUGUGAACAAUUAAUUGAAUAUAUAUAUAUCCAAAAAUUGAAAAAAGUUCAAAAGUAGUUUUUCUGUUCUGGUACAUUUAAAGGAAUUCAGGAUUAAUUAUUAUUAUUAAAUUACCCAUACAUAUCGGACGGCUUUACACUACAAUUAGACGCAAUAUUCUAGGGAAAAGUUAACCUUUGCCAUAGCGUUUUCAAUAAAUGGUCUUGUAAGAAAUCAUCCAUAUCUUUUUCCUUUUUCCCAUUUGCGCUUCUAACAAUUACAGUUUAGUGGCUUCGUGUGGAGACAAUUUAUAUUAUUUAAAAUAUUUUAUUGUGAUGUUUUAAAUAUUUUAAUUUAUUUUAAAAUAAAUUCACGAAAUACACAUUUAAUGUUUUAAUAGACAAAAUAAACAUAAUUUAUAGUUUUUCGAAUUGAAUAUAUUCCUAUAUGUGAGUAUAUACCUUAUCUGUUCUAAUAUCAUAUUAUUGGUUGGUACUUCUUUUAUAAUUCUUUGACUAUUUCUUUUUUACUUAUAAUUGGAUAAUUUUUUUUCAUAAUGAUUAACAUUUAUAGGCAGUUUAAUAAAAUAAUAUUGCAUUUUAUGAAUUUGUUCAAAAUUAUUUGAAGAGGUUAAGGAAUUUAAAUCAAUUAUUUUAUUUCUUUAUCUAACAAAUAUACUGCAUAGUAAUGAGAUUGGCUAAUCCACUGGUUAUAACUUAAUUUUAAUUAAUCAUUUUUUUUAUGUACAUUUAUAUACAUUUAAAUUAUUGAAAUUAAUGACUGAAAUGUAUAAAAAAUUUACCAGGUCAAUCUCAAAUACACUUAAUUCAAAUCUGUUUUUAUAAUUCUUAUGGCUUCACUACAUUAAUCAGAAUAAUAGACAAACAAUUGGUUUAAUUGAAUUGCUAUAUUGUGUAUGUGUUAGACCAAAAAAAAAAAAAGAAAUAACUGGUUUAUAUCUCCUUAAAGAUUAAACAUUUAACCACAAAUAAAACUUAUUUAUAAUAGUUAAAAUGAACUUAAAUUUAAAUAUUACAUAUCUUUAUAAAGUAUAAAUUAUUUGAUUUUUCUGCCAUGUUCUGAAUACUUCAAACUACCAUAGUGAUGAACUUUUUCUAUUACCUUAAAAAUAAUAAGUUAAUAGUUAAUGGACAUAAAUAAUAUUUAUAAAAUAUGAUUAUUUCCAACCCAACUAAAUUUUAGUUAAUAAAAUAAUCAUUAAUAAAUUAUGUGGAUAAUAUACAUAUUUGAAAUACCAAAUUAAGAUAUAGCAAAUCAUCAUAUUUUAGCCUUGUUAUUAGAAACUGAUAUGUAUACAAGUUGGACAUAUCUGUCAAUUAUUGUGCUAAGGAAACUUAGGUAAACUAAAAAUUAGGUAGGAAAUUUGUCCACAGAAAAAAAAAAAUAAUAACAAUAAAAAGAAACAUCAUUGUAAAAUCAAUACAUAGAAGAACCAAUAUUAGUAAUACAAUUUUUUUUUCUACUUCCUCUUAAUCACAGAUGUGGGUAAUUUACUCUUAUUCUAGACUUUCUCAUAUUCUUAUAUUUUCUCAUUUGCUUCACAUGAAUAAUAUGCAGCCCAAUAAACCCAACAAUUUUUUCUUACCAUGUCUUUGAUACAUACUAACCAUGAUUUUACUUGAUAAAUAUUUUAAUUUUGUAUUUAAUAUUCUUAGAUAUUGCACUAUUUAAAUUUAUUUAAGUGUAUUUAUUGUUUAGCUGCUGGACAAAUUCCUAUAAAUACAUUACCAGCUACCCCUCAGAUAGCUGUUCCUGUUAUUGGAUCUACAAUUACCCGGCAAGCAAGACGAUUGUAUGUUGGAAAUAUACCAUUUGGUGUAACUGAGGUAUUAUUAUUUUAUUAUGAAAGCUAUAGGUUAUUUUAUUAUUGAAUACAUUUUUAGGAUGAAAUGAUGGAGUUCUUUAAUCAGCAGAUGCAUCUUUCCGGAUUAGCACAAGCUGCUGGUAGUCCAGUGCUUGCUAGUCAAAUUAAUAUAGAUAAGAAUUUUGCAUUUUUGGAGGUUUUUUUUUUUUUUAAUAGAAAAUGUCACGGUUAUUUAGAAUCAUUUUUAAAUUUUUAUAAAUAUUAUCUUUUUUAAAUCAUAGUUCAGAUCUAUUGAUGAAACUACUCAAGCAAUGACUUUUGACAAUAUUAAUUUCAAAGGACAAUGUUUAAAAAUAAGACGACCCCAUGAUUACCUGCCAAUGCUUGGAAUGUCUGAUAAAAAUCUUAUGAUAAACUAUAGUUCUGGAAUAACAGAUAUGAGUACGUGAAUAUAUUUUUCUUCGACCUUAAAUUUUAAUACUUUUCUUUUAUUUUUGUUUUUAGUGAAAUACGAUUCCAAUUUUGUUCUUGGUAUGUAAUGUUGAAAUCACAAUAUAUUUUGUGUUAUGCAUUAAUAAUUUGUGUGUCAUAGAUUCACCGUUCAAAAUAUAUAUUGGAGGAUUACCAACAUACUUUAAUGAUGUUCAGGUAAGCUAUUUUAGCAGAAAAAUACCUAGCCUUUUGUUUUUAGCAAUCUGGUCAAUCAUUAGCAUUACAUUAGGUCAAUAUCAAUACAUGGUCUGAGAAGAAGAUCCAGUAAAUACUAUAUUUACUGCUUUAUUUGGGGGUUAUAAGAACAAGAAGACUUUUUAUCAGUUAGUAUUAACUUUUUGGUAUACAUUCAAUACAUUUAUUAUCCUUUCUAUCUGAAAAUAAAUGUAAGUAAUAAUUUUUAAAACCAAAAAGACAAAAAUCAAAUUAAAAAUUUAAUAUAUCAUAUAUUUGGUGACAAAUCAAUGGUAAUUGUAUUAUCUUAUAUUGAAGAUUUAAAUUUUUCUACUUCUGUACUUUAUGACUUACUCAGUCAUAAUUUUAAUAAAUUGUUCACAAAUAAAAAAUGGCAUAUACAAUGGUUGUUCCUAAUUUAAAAAACUUUUAUGUGAAAAUUUGGAUGUAUAUUCAAACAAAUAACAUAGGAUGCAAUAUAUUUUAUCAGUAUUAACUGAUUAAGAAAGGUAGUUUCUUUAACAUGAUUUAUUCCUAAUUACACCUCUACUUAGGUACAUCUGAAGAAUUUAGUGGUUGUAAAAUGUUCACUUCCUUGUUAAUCUGAGGUUCUAAACUUUAAUUUAUCUUUUAUACUUAUUGACUGUAUGGUAUUUACUUUUUACUAAAUUAAUAAUUUUAUUGCUUAAACAAAUCAAAUAUUUUUUUCUGAACAUAAUCUACUUAUUUAUAUUUUGGUUAUAAUUAUUACUAGGGAAAACUAAUAAAUAAGGCACAAGCUCAACAAUUUAAAAAAAAAAAUUGAUAGGUAUCAUUAUUAUUUGUGGAAGUUGAGAAGAUAGGAUAUAUAGGGGACUUUUAUUAAUCUGUAAGCAACGAUGAACCAUUGCUAACAAAAAUCGAUUGUAUAUUAUACACCUCAAAUUCAUAUUAUAGAUAUCUGAAACAUUGAAAAUAAAAUUUAAAUUUUAGAUUCUGAGUGGACCGAUGAUAUAUUGAUUUUACAAUGGUGUUUUACUUUUUAGUCUGUGAACAACUUUUCUACUAUAAAUUUUACUCAGAUUUUUUCAGAACACUUUUUCUGAAAAUAAAUCUGACUGGAGUGGGUUCGUUAGGGAAAUCAUUUAUGAAUUUUCAUAGUAAAUUUCAAAUUUGUUUUUGUUAUUCAGUAAAAAUAUUUGUAAAGAUUUGAAAUUUGAACAAAAAUAUGACAUUUACGUUUUAUAAACGUGGUCAAAUUUUCAAAACAUUUUGGCCAUAUUUGAGCUGUUUAUAGACAUUUUAAUUUUGCUAGUCUUUUUUUUACAACAUUUUUAUUUGGUAGAUACUCCGUGGAUAAAACUGUUAGACCAAACAAAAAUGCUUGAACAUUUAACAGGAGAUUAAUUAUAAGUUCUGCUUAAUGGUCAAUAAGAAAAGUUAAGUUUAUUGUAGAAUUUUAAAACGUAGAGAAGGCUCUAUUAGUUUUACUAAGUUGUUUAUUUUCUUUCUUUCUUUCUUUGUUCUUGACUAUGGACACGUUUUUUCCUAGAAAACUUGCUCCAAUAUUAACGUGUAGCAACUUUUCUGAAAGUACAAGUUUUCUAGAUCUAGAAUGGUCAUUUUUUAAAUAAAAGCACAUAAGUGGGAACAAAAAUUAGGAAAACGUACAAUUUCACGAUUUCAUUAUUUUAUAAAAACACGGACGAUGUUUUCUACCAAAAAAAAAAAAAAAAUGAUUUAAUUGAAAAAUUACUAGACCCCUUUUUUGUUGUCUUUUGAUUUAUUUUCAUACUGUAUCAUUGCCGAAACUUUUGAGCCAUUUUAAGCUCUUAAGGAAUUUUAAUUUUUGUAAGUUUUUUUGCUGUAAUUCAGUUAUAAAUUUACAUAGGUACUUGAAACUUGUUAAUAAUACUUAUAUUGGAUUUACCUAGACGUGGUAAAAUUUCAAAAAUCACUGGAUGAAUUUUUUUAAUAAGAGUUUGGAAAUUAAAUUUAAAUGAAAAUCGUAAAAAGAAUUACGGCACUUCAAAUUAUGUAAUAUCGAACUGCGCUCGGAAUUGUCUUUCGUCAAGUAAUGGUUUAUCCUUGCUUACAGAUAUAAUUGAAAUAAACUUAUGUAUCCUACGUUUUCAACUUCUCAACUUACAACAAUGGUCGCUCUCAUCCCCAGUAUUACUUCUUUUUUCUUUUUGAUAUGAAUUUUAAUAUCAAAUAUUAACGAAAAUCGUCUUUGUAAAAAAUGAUGUGGAACAACUCUAGUUACUGGUCCAAACAGAGUGUUUCAAUAUAUAUUUAUUUUAUUAUAAUAUGACAUGUAUAUUGUUGAAAAAGCAAUAUUAUUAACCUCGCUUAGUAUCGUUUUUCAUUAGCAAUGAUUAAUCUUUGUUUACAGAUAAACAUUAAAUUCUUCUCUAUAUCCUAACUUCCCGACUUCUCAUGUACAACAGUUGUUCACCCAUCGUUUAUCCAUUUUUAUUUUAUAUGACUGCAAAGACUGCUUCAUUUUAUCUUUACAUAAUCAUAUAGAUACCAUAUGGUAUUUUAUUUAUGUUUUUAUACUUUUAUUAUUAUAAUUUGUAUUCAUUUAUAUUUUUAAUCUGUAGGUAUCAUAGAUACCUAUUCUUAAUUCUAUAAAAAAAAGAGUGUUUUUUAUUUGUUGUCAUUUAUGUAACUGCCAAGAUUGCCCCAUAUAAUAUAAUCAUUAUAAUAAUGAUUAACAUGUAUAAUAUACUUAACUUUGUAUUAUUUUUUAUUUUAUAUUUGUUCUAAUUUUUAAUUUAACAAUUUUAAAAAAUGUUAUUUUAUUAGGUAUAUUUUGUUUUUAUGAAUAAAAAUUAUUCCAGAGGCGUAGCUAGACAUUUUUUUCUGGGUAGGCCAGAUAAAAUAAUAUAAAUAUGUCAAUAGGAAAGACGACUAAUACAAAUUUUUGAUUUUAAAAUUGUGUUAAUUUUCUGAGAAAAGUGAGUAAGCCUGGGCCUACUAGAACUACCGCUGGCUACGUCACUGGAUUAUUCAUAUGAUAUUAUAGUGUGUUGUACGUUCAAGUAAAUAAAAUAGGGGUUUUUAGGUAUAUUUGGUACAAAUAUCUAAUUACUUAUUUAUUUAUUUUAUAUUUAUUCAUCGUUUACCUUGAUAUUACGUAAAAGGAAAUUAUUAUAAUUUUUAAUGUUACUAUUAUUUACAUUAUUAAAAUUUCACAAUUAGUCCGCCGAAGGUGGACUAUCCAAUUUUUACAUAUUUGUUUUCAUUCAAUUCUGACACGGCCAAAACCAAAAAUGAGUUUGGGUAAAAUAAUAAUAACAAAAAUUAACAUGAGCAACACCGGGCGUGGGACAGCUAGUAUAAUAUAUGAAUAUAGGUAUUUAAAAAUUCAUUACUUCUGUAGUAUUAAAAAUUACUCCCGUGCACAGGGGCAAAAUACGGCAAACCAAAUUAUUAUGAAAUUAAUAAAUAAUACUAAGAUUAUAAUAUACGUAGAGGUAGUUUCAAUGAGUAAAUUUUUAAACACACUCAUAUUACAAUGUAUAAAUACAAAGUAUACGUUUGUAGUUACCUACGUAUUUUGAAUAAAGGUACAUUAAUAGUUGUAAUAUUUGUUGUAUAAAUAUUUACCUUGUUCUCGAAAAUUUAUUUCAUUAAUAAAAAAAAUUAAAUAACAGGUAUUAUACCUGGACAUAUACGAAAUGUAAUUUCCUAUCAUAUGUUGAUAUUUUUUAACUGUUGUCAAGACAAAAAUAGAAUAACGUAUCCACUAAUGACACAAUACAAUUUAAUAAUAUAUAUAUAUAUGAAUAAUUAUUUUCAAUUAUAACAUUAUUAUUAAAUUUGAUGUAGUAACCAAACAUUUCGAACUUGAGAAAACUACAGAAAAAGAAAAUUCAAGAAUUCUUAAAUAAAGUUCAAUCAUUACUAUUAUUUUCAAAUUGACGAAAUCAAUAACAAUUUGAAUAAUGAAAUCUAAUAUAAAUUAAAGUUAGAGACAUAUUUAAAAUGUAUUCUUCCUUUAAUGUUCCUAAUAUUUAUCACAUUUUUAAUUUGAAUUCAGUUGUCUUUAAAACAUAAAUCUAUGCCUGUCCCCAUAGCACCAUUAAUUAGGGGCUAAUAAAAAACCUAUGCAAAAUCUGAGUUCAGCUACCCUAAAAACUUAUAAAUUUAUGUAAAAUAAUUAAAAAUGGUUAGAGUGAAAGAAUUAUUAAUUUAUGCGAGCUAGUUUUCAUUUCAGCCCACUGUGUACACCGUCUAGCCGCCAUCAACUCGCCACCGCACCGCCCACCACCUCACCGCCACAACCUAGUAAUUUUAGUACUUAACACGUUGCACCCAAUUCCUAUUGUAUUUUAAUGAAUAAUAGAGCGUGUAGAAUCGUGCGUUCAAAAAAAAAAAAAAACAAGUUGAAUCAUAUUCCUCCCCUAUUGCCGUAGCUAGGAGAGAAGUACUGUAGAUACGUACAGGGAGCUCAAUAAAAAUGUAUUGGCGACAAAGUGAUUGAGAAUUCGGGUGGUUGCCAAUUCGCCUCUUUUUCCUUAUUACUUGUAUAUGAUGUUUAAUACAAAUUAUCAUUUGACGCCACAAACUCACCAAAAUAUGAAAUAUAUUUGUAUACAUUAUUGUAUGUAAAAUAGCGAAACAAUUUAUUAAUAAUAUCAGAAUUCGAUUUCAGAAAUUAGUAUAUAUAUAUAUAUUUUUUUUUUUAGUAUUUAUUAUUAUUAUGUAUGCAUAACACUUAUAUCUGCCUUUUCUAAACGUGGUACAUUUUUAAAACGUUUGAGCUAGGUAUCUAUAGACAGUUUUUUUAUGCUAGGGUUUUACGUAAUUUUUAUUCGGUAGGUACUUUGUAGAUAAAACCGUUAUUCUAAACAGAAAUGUUUGAAAAUUUAACAAGUGGUUCAUAAAAUGUCAUGAUUUUGAUUUUAAAAAAAAAAAUUAAGUUUAGUGUAGUAUCUAUUUUGUUUUUUUAUAAGAAUUUCAAUAUUUAAUUUUGAAAAAAUUGUAAAUAUUACAGCCUUUCAAAAUAUGCAUUACCGAAUUUCGCUCCGAAUCGUUUUUCGUUAGCAACGAUCAAUGGUUCCGUACAGAUAUAAAUUGAAUUCCCCUUAUACAUUACAUUCUUAACUUCUCACCUAUAACAUUAGCCCACCCGUCUUUGUAUGUUCGUCUUUUUAUUAUAAUAAUGUUACAAUCCAAAUUUCUAUAGUUAUUAUUUAUAAAUUAUAUACGUAGUUAAUGGUACAAAAUAAAGAGUUAAUUUAUCAACAAUUUUAUAAUUUUCCCCGUCUCUUUGUGAAUAUAGUAACUAUUUAUAUAGAGUUCUUAUAAUUUGCAUUAUAAUCAUUUGUUCAUGACUUUAUGAUUAUUAGAUAUGAGUACAUAUCAUUAAAUUUGAAAUUUUAAAACUUGAGAUCUGUAUUAAACAAAUCUUGUUUCCAGACAGGUCAGUUGUUUUUUCAAGUACUUACACUUCAGUAAUAAUAAACACAUUAAAAAGAAAUUAAAAAGAAAAAAAAUCAUUUUUUUUUAAAAUAGACAGCCAAUGAUUUUUAUUUCAUUAGUAACAAAAUAAAUAAUAAUACAUUUAAAAUGUAACAUUUUUUAGUUACUUUAGAUUCUAAUUAUUAUGAACAAUAUCAUAUAUAUAAAUAUUUAAGGGGUUUGUAUAGGCAACUUUUUAUAUUCUCGUGCGCUACAAUAUCUUAGAAAAUUGUCGGGGGAAUGUUGGCACAGGUUUUAACCCCCCUCCCUACACCAUCCCUAAAAAAGGACACUGGUUAUAAAUAUUUCUACUAAAAUUAUUUUACAUGCAGCAGAUUACAGUUUUACACAUUGUGUACUGCAGUAGUUUACGGGGACGGGUAUUAUGAAUUUCUCCACCUAGAGACAUACAACUUCUAUAAUAUUGGUGAAUUUAGUACGGUUUAGGUGGACAUUGCUGUGUAAAUUAUGUAAAUUAAUCCCCUCCCGGGUUAAGUACUAAAAUUCCUAGGUUGUGGCGGCGAGAUGUCCAGAUCCGAUUAUAUUUAAUGCCUGAAUGCCAUUAAAUGGCAAGUCACCAUAACUCAAUUUUGGGUAGUCUGAAAAUUCCAAAAUUUGAAAUUUCUUUUGAUUUGAGAAUGUUCCAUGUAAAAAACAAUGUUUUUUUUUCUAUCAUAUCGUUUGAAACUAAAAGGGUUAAACAAAACGAAAUGUCGGUUUAAUAUUUUUUUUUUUAUUUCGACUUUACAAGCCAUUUAAGCUUAAUUUAGCUAUAGCUGUAUCUAUAUUUAGCUUAUAUUAUUUUAGCUAAUAUUAUAUUUUGAAUUUUAAUUUUAGAGUUAAAUAAUGAUUUUUUUUUUCAAAUAAUUUGAUAUUUGUUUUUUUAAUUUUCAUUCUUUAGGGUUAGAAAUAAAUGUAAUUUUAUUUAUUAGUACCUAUUUUAAACAUGUCAAUUCCAAGAAAAAACAAUAUUUUCCAAUUGUAUUUGACUUGAUUAAUUCACACUGCACUAAUUUUUUUCGUGAAAAUUAGGUAUCUACACAAUUAUGAAGUUAUUAAUGAAUAACUCAUGAAAACCUUUAAUGUCAAAUCUGUAUAUAUAUUUCUAAAUCAAAUUAAUUAGUCAUAUUUUAAAAUUAAGAAUUUAAAAAAAUUAUUUUGGACUUCAUAAGGUAUUCAUAAGAAAAGAAAAAAAAGGAACGCCCAAAGGAACGAGAAAAGGGAAGGAGUUUCUUUUUUAAAUGAGGAACAAGAAACAGGAACAAGUUACUUUUUGUAAUAGAAACGAGGAACUGGAAUGAUUUCCUUCAUAAUAGGAAUGCUGUCAACACUGAACAUAGUACAGCAUACAACAUGGUAUAACAUAAUAUAAAAAAAAAACGCGCGAUAAACAUAUGAUGGCCACUGAAUAAUCCCUUCUCCGUAAUACAAGCGGUAGCCCGUACCUCAUGGUAUUUCCAGGUGGUGGGUGUAUUGUGUUACCAAAAAACAUAAAAGAAAGACGGUAGCCCGUUCUCCCCACCAAACCAACCCAGUCAUACAAACCUAUUAAUUAAAUUAAAAGAUGUAUCAGUACUUUAGUCUUAGAUUUCGUUUGUUUUUUGUGUUAAAAGCUAUAUUAGAUAUAGCUGUUAAUAACGGAAAAUAAAAUGCGAAACGGCCGAGGGAAUAAAAAAUACUUGUCGAAGAAUAAGAAAAAAAAAAAAAAUCAAAUUAAACUUUUUAUUAUUUAGAAUUUACUUAUAUACAUAUUAUACAUACAUAUGAUUUGCUAGUUGACAUAAUUUUUGUUCGAUUUAAUAUUUUUGAUUUCGUUUUUUUUUUUAUAUAUGAAUAUUUUUUUUUUUUUAGGGUGAGGUGGCUUAAAAUAAAAAAUUUUACUAUAAUUUUUUUUAAAAAAAAAUUAAAAAUUGCUAUUUUAUAAAAUAGAAUUUUAGACGAUUUUUGUUGGUUGAAACUUUUGUUAAAGUAUGGUCUUUUAUAUUCUACGACUGUUUGAAAUUUUGAAUAAUCUUCUUUUCAAUCAUCAAAACAAUAUUGGUUAUCAACAUAAAUGACAAUAUGACAAUAUAAUUGCAUAAUAUGAACUCAUGGAAAAGAAAAUUCUUAUCAUGCCCUGACUAAUAACUGAUUAAAAAUUGUAAUAGAUUAACCACAAUAGAUAAUAUUUAUGUUUGCAAAAACUUCAAAAAAAAAAAAAACAUAGAAAUAAAAGACUAUACUUGCACAAAAGUUUCAACCACCAAACGUUUUCUAAAAAUGUAUAUUUUCAAUUUUUUUAAAGAAUGAUAGUAACAUUUAAAAUUGUUUAAGUCCCCGUCCCCUUGAAAAAAAAAAUGUUCAUAAACUGUAGCGCAGAGGCAUACUAAUUAUUUUAAAAAAAUAUAACAAAAAUAUUGAUUGAAACAGAAGUUAUUUCAAGUGGCAUAUCAUCAUGGGAUAUUCUGUGUAUACUUGUAUAUAAUUUUAUAGAAUACAAAUAUGAGGGUCCUUUUAUGAAUUUGUCUUAUUCAUAUGCAAAUGUAUGUGAUGCAGGGUUUGAAACCAAAAAAAAAUAUUUCGAUUUUGAUAAACGGUUAUGAAUUGUUUUGAUUUUGAUUCUAAUUAUCGGUUUUUAACGUUUACUACUGUUUUAAUUUUGGAAAUCGGUUUUAUUUUUUUUUUCAAUUUUAGAAAUCGGUUUUGAAAUUUAAUGGUUUCAAGUUUGAUUUCGAUAUAUAUAUAUCGGUCUUUAACGGUUUUAACCGGUAGGUAUUUAAAAUAUAGUUUUAAAUUUGUGUAUUAUUCAUAAUAUGUCUACGGUUUAUGACGUUCAUGUUUUCGGCUAUUUUUAGCAAAAUAAUCAUGUUUUUUUAUCUCAAAAAUUGAUUAUGGUUGACGGCUAUGCAAUAGGUUAUCGAUGGUAAAUACUAGUCUAACAUAUUUUAUUUUCGUACGAAAUAUUAUAAAUAAUAAAGUAAUAAAGUAAAAACAAAAUUAUUAAAAUGGUUAAUAUUCAUAAAUAAAUAAAGUGAAUAAAUAUAUGUAUAAAAAAUGUAUACAUAAAAAUAAAAUAAAUAAAUGUAUCAAUGCCUCACCUGGAGUAUUAUGAUAAAUGUGUUGUACGACCGGUUUCGAAUUAAAAAUUCAUCAUCAGGUAUACCAUGGUCAAAAUGUAAAACGCGACUGAGUAUAAAAAAUUAAAUGAAGCAAUACAUAGAAAUACAAUAACAUAACACUCCAGGCGACACAUUGAUUCAUUUAUUUAUUUUAUUUUUAUGUAUACAUUUUUUAUUCAUAUAUUUAUUCACCGUAUUUAUUUACUGUAAAUAUUACUUUAAAGUUUAUAAGUUGACAACGAAAAUUUAAAUUUUGAUAAUUAUUACUUGAUUUUAUUUCUUUCCAUUUUUAUUGGAAUUUUUGAAAUUACCGGUUUUGUUUUGAUUUUUUUUUUUUUUUUAUUUCGAUUUAAAUUGUUUUAAAUCGGUUUUUAGUUUUUAUGUUUUCAAUUUUGAUUUUGAUAUUGGUAUCAAAUUUUAACGGUUUUUACUGGUAUUUAAAAUCGAUUUCGAAACUGGUUUCAAACCCUGAUUUAAUGAAUAAAAUACAUGUUUAAUUAAUUAUACUUCAUAAUAGGUAAUAGAACUAUUAACAUCAUAUGGACAGUUAAAAGCCUUCAAUUUGGUUAAAGACACCAUUUCUGGUUUAAAUAAAGGUUAUGCAUUCUGUGAGUAUGCGGAUGUUACACUGACUGAUCGGGUACAUUUCUAAAUGAUAAUCGACUAUACUUGUGAAUAUAAUAAUUUUAAUUUUAUUAUUAUAGGCUAUUGCUGGUUUGAAUAAUAUGCUUUUGGGAGAUAAAAGGUUAAUUGUACAAAAAGCAAGUAUUGGUUGUAAAAAUCCAACUCUCAAUGCACCUAUAUCAGCUGUUACUCUUCAAGUUCCUGGACUUACAUUUGUUGGAGCUUUAGGACCUCCUCCAACCCAUGUAAAUAAUAUCUAUUAUUCAUUGUUAAUUUAUUGCGCUAUGGUUGAAACUGCCUAGUGUUAUUAUUUUCAUUUUUUGUAACAUAAAAAUUGAUAACUAACAUUGUAUUAUUAAGAGGAUUCGAUACCAACCUUUUUCUCGACUAAUGUAUACCGAUCUUUUGUCACCAUCGUGGUAUACUGGUAUGUGGUGUGUCGUGCGUGAUCACUCACACUAAUUACUACACACGCAAAAACACGCCACGCACGCAUGACUUUAUAUUAGGCCUAUAUUCAACUCUUUAAAACGGGUCGGUAUCGAAUCCCCUUGAUUUGAAACUACAGUAAUGUAUACAAUAAUUUUGUAUUUGAAAGUUAGACCGAAAAGAUCCUUUGGUAAAUUUACUUUGUGUAAAGAAUGUAAGUAAAAAUGUGUUUAAUAUUAAAUUAUAAUUGUUUGCAGGUUUUAUGUUUAUUGAAUAUGGUAACUCUUGACGAACUUAAAGAUGAUGAAGAAUAUAAAGAUAUUUCAGAUGAUAUUCAUGAUGAGUGUAGUAAAUACGGCUUUGUUCAAUCAAUAGAAAUUCCGCGGCCCAUUGAAGGAAUGGACGUGCCCGGUUGUGGAAAAGUAUUCAUUUUAGAUUUGGUUAUUGCCUAAAAAUAUAGUUAAUUUACAAAUUUUAUUUUUAUUCAGGUAUAUGUAGAGUUUACUUCUGUUACCGAUUGUCAAAAGGCACAACAAUCUUUGGCCGGCCGAAAAUUUAAUAAACGAAUAGUGGUUACCUCAUUCAUGGAACUGGAAAAAUAUCGUAAAAAGGAAUUCUAA